AUGGGUUCAUACCAGGAUGAUAGACUGCCCUAUGGCAUUUCUUCAGACAGCUAUGGAAAAUCUAUUGAAGGAGAUUCCUGGAGUGGAGCCAGGUCUCUAGACAAACUCUAUAAUUUUGCUGAUUGCUCUGGCCUCCACCUCAUCUUUGCAUUGAAUGCUUUGCGCCGGAACCCCAACAAUUCAUGGAACAGCUCCAAUGCCCUCAGCCUGCUCAAAUACAGUGCCAGUAAGAAGUACAACAUCUCCUGGGAACUGGGCAAUGAACCAAAUAACUACCGAGCCCUGACAGGGCGAGCAGUGAAUGGCACUCAGUUGGGCAAGGACUACAUGCAGCUGAAGAGGCUGAUGCAGCUGAUUCGCACCUACUCCCGAGCCAGUCUGUAUGGGCCCAACAUUGGGAGGCCUAGGAAGAAUGUUGUAGCCCUCCUGGAUGGGUUCAUGAAGGUUGCAGGGAACACAGUGGAUGCUGUUACCUGGCAACAUUACUACCUUGAUGGCCGAGUGGCCAAGGUGACGGACUUCCUGAAAACGCGCCUGUUAGACACACUCUCUGACCAGAUCAGGAAAAUCCAGAAAGUUGUCAGUGCACAUGUGCCUGGAAAAAGGAUUUGGCUGGAGGGAAUCGGGGCCACCUCUGAAGGAGGCAUCACCAACCUCUCAGAUUCCUAUGCCGCCAGCUUCCUGUGGCUGAACUCUCUUGGGAUGCUGGCCAGCCAGGGCAUUGAUGUGGUAAUGCGACAUUCAUUUUUUGACCACGGGCACAACCACCUGGUGGACCAGAACUUCAACCCAUUACCGGAUUACUGGCUCUCCCUGCUCUACAAGCAGCUUGUCGGGCCCCGGGUGCUUGCUGUGCAUGUGGCUGGGCUGCAGAGGAAACCUCGCCCCGGCCGGGUGAUUCGUGAUAAGUUACGCAUCUACGCACACUGCACCAGCUAUCACAACCACAAUUAUGUCCGUGGUUCCAUCACACUUUACAUCAUUAAUUUGCAUCGGUCCCGGAAGAAAAUCAAGUUGGUGGGGACCCUUCGUGACAAGCUCGUCCAUCAGUACGUGCUGCAGCCCUAUGGUCAGGAAGAGCUACACUCGAGGUCAGUGCAGCUUAAUGGACAGCUGCUCGCCAUGGUGGAUGACGGGACCCUGCCUAAUCUGAAGCCUCGCCCUCUCCGUCCCGGCCGGACCCUGGUCAUCCCGCCACUCACCAUGAGCUUCUAUGUGGUGAAGAAUGUGAAUGCUCUGGCCUGCCGAUAUCGGUAGCUCCACCCACCCCACUGCCAAGGACAGACCUGCCAGGCCCUCGUGGGGCAUCUCUUGGCAAGUGCUUGCUUCUCAGGCAGGCUAUGCAGAUAGCCUUCACAGGCAUACGACGAUGCAAAGGCCUCUGAGAAACUUGGUGG